AUCUUCAACAAUUCGAGAGAAAUGAGAAAAGCUUAGACACAAUACUAAGCAUUCAAUGAAUCAAGACCUCCUAUACUUGCAAAGAAAACAACAUGCCGAAUCCGGAAAAGGGUUCAAGGUAAGGUUCUGACUUGGCAACGCCGUCUCAUCUUCGCCGAGUGUCUCCGCCCCACCAAACAAAGACCGCCGUCCGAAACUCGGCGGACGAACCGGACGUGCACUCAACUCAUACUCCCAACUCCCAACUCCAACACCACUCACUCCCAAUCUCGUCCGUCCGAAAUGUACACAACCCAUACGCAGCAUCAAUGUCUCCGCGCCUCGUACUCACAUAAUGGCAGGCACUGAGCGAGGUACCAUCACAGUACGCACCGCUGCCUCGGAACGGCGAGCUGCAGCUGCUAAGCGUCGCUUCGUCCGCAGAGGCACCAAGAGCUGCUGGGAGUGUCGCAGACGCAAGAUUCGCUGCAUCUUUGACGAUAAGGGACCUCGCGAUACGUGUAAAACGUGCUGGCAGAAGGGGACACCGUGUGUUAGUCAAGAGUUCCCCGAAGAGGAUGCCCAGACGGCUCCGGCUCCGGUGGGCAGUCUCGGGGACCGGCUGAACCGGGUUGAGCGACUGGUCGAGCAGCUGUACCACCGGGUGGACGAUCUUGAUGUCCCUUUGCCCACUUCGCCGCAGGAGAAAGUAGGAGAGAGCUGUAGCCCCAGAGCAGAAGAAUCAGCCGCCAUAGGCCCAACCACAGAAGCGUGUUCUGAAGCUGUCCGCAGCCCUUCAUCAACUCAGAACGCAGACUCAUCAACGGUUCAAUCACAAUGUGGAAGCAAUGAUCCACAACCAAACGAAGAUUCAUCAAGGCCGAAUGCCCCCUCUCACUAUGAGACCACGGCAACUAUCCGCCCAGCAGUAAACGCGAAACUAGCCGCCUACACCAGACAGCUUGCCGCCGCCAUACCCGCCAUAGAAGAUUGCAGGGUUAUCUACAAGCUCUACUCUGAAGCUGACAUUGUCUUUCAACUCAUGUUCACGCCCCACUGCCUAUUGGAGCAGCUGAAGCCAGAGUCUGUCGAGCACUACUUGGAAUCUCUCAGAACACCAAUGCAUCCCACUCUACUGGCCAAAAAGAUGCUCAUGUUGGGUACGAUGCUUCAGCGCGUUCCGACUCAUGCCGGAGAAAAUGCGUCUGAAGAAACUUAUCGUCUCGUGGACAGGCUUGCAGAGACGGCCAUCUCUGUGGUGUGCGAGAAUAACGUGCUCCUAGGCACGCUCGACGGCCUCGAAUGUCUCAUUCUGCAAACUGUCUACCAUGCCAACGGGGGCAAUCCGAGGCUAUCGCUGCUGACUUGUCGCCGCGCGAUUACCGUGGCCCAGUUGAUGGGCCUGCAUCGUCCACACGACCCGGCUACCAUUGAGACCGUGGACCCGAAUUCGACAGCCGUGCCUGGCUUCGUGUGGUUCCGUCUGGUAUACCUAGAGCGCUUUAUCUGCCUACUUCUAGGGCUUCCCAGCAGCACCCACGAUGCAAAGGUUCACUCCUCCAUCGCCGCCAAGAUCAUACAACGGAAUGAGUCGGGGUCAUAUCUAUUCGACAUGGAAACCACUCAUGCACUAGACCAGGAGCUUCAAGUGAUAGCAACAACCAUGCCCCCGCGAUGGUGGACCAUCCCCAACUUCACCGAGCCACACAAAGAUUCAAUGACAAUCGUCCGCAACAGUCUCAACCUAGCCAACCAGCUUUUCCACUUCUUCCUCAUCAUCGAACUCCACCUACCCUUCAUGCUCCGCCACUCCAAGAACGGCGCGGCCAGCAGCAGCAGAAUGGCUUGCGUCGACGCGAGCAGGGAAGUCCUCUCCAGGUUCAUCGCGAUACGCAAUCCGGAAGGGGUAUGCAGCAUCCCCGACGCCGCCGACUUCUUUGCGCUCAUCGCAGCCAUGACGCUUAUGCUUGCGCAUAUCGACGCCCGCAGACGAGAUAGGGGGAGGGACAUCCUCGCGCACCAGCGGCAUACGGACCGCGACAAGGUUGAGCAGACGUUGGAGCAUAUGCGUGACGGGAGCUCCAAGAACACGGAUAUGCUUUCCAUGAAGAGCGCCGAUGUCUUGAAAAGCUUGCUUGCGAUCGAGGCCGAUGCUGCUGGGGGUUCGACGUUCACUGCGAGCCUGAGUUCUGCAUCGACGCCGGCUUCAGCUUCAUGUGGUGGUGUUGGUGAAGGUCGGAGCACAGACGAUGCCAGGAAUGUGUUGCAACUCAAGAUUCCUUGUUACGGUACGGUCAUCAUCUCGCCUGAUGCUCCUCCUUCUCGCGAACCUUGGAUGCCUGUCACCCGUAACCCACAUGGAAUGGUUCCCGACAGUCGUGCGCCUGGGAAUCUCAGUGUUGCGAGCCCCUUUGUUGCAGGUCCCAUGGCAGGAGUAUGUCCAGACGGAGGGGCUAGUGCAAUGCCAGGCUCGAGUGGUCAGGGCGAGAACCUGCAGCUCGAUCCCAAUGUCGAUCCAAGAUGGCUUUUUGAACUCGGCAACCCCAACCUUCUGGGCAAUGGAAUCGCCGCUGGACUAGAGGACUGGCCGUUUCAGGGCGUUGAUGCUGCCUUUUUUGACAGUAUGAUCAGAGGGUUCGAAGGUGGUGGUGAUGACUAUGGCGGGGCAAACGUGCCAUGAGUGCAUUCUAACCCUCCUUCACGAGAAUCAGGGUCCUAGGGAAAUGAAUUCACCAGAGAAAUGCAAGAGU